ACUCGCUCUCAGUCACAUUCGGUUCUGUGCGGUACAAUUCCAACCAGCCCUCUCAUAUAUAAAAGAAUGUUGAAACCCUACCACCUUAUUCAAGUGCUUCCUUCUUCAUCCCUCCAUUUCCAAUGUCUCGCUCUCUCCUCUCCCUCUCUCUUGGCCUCCUUGUCCUCGCCGCCGUCGCCGCAGCCCAUGGCGGCCAUCAUGCUGAUGACGAUGAUGAUGUUGAUGUUGACGCACCGUCGUCGGAGGGCGUUGACCUGAGGGCGAAGCCACUGAUUCUGGUGAAGAUCUACUGUCUGAUCCUGGAGUUUGUCGGGACGUUCAUCGCCGGCGUGUCGCCUUACUUCUUGAAGAUGAAUGAGACUUUUCUAGUGCUGGGAACGCAGUUCGCCGGCGGAGUGUUUCUGGGGACGGCGAUGAUGCAUUUUCUGAGCGACUCGAACGAGACGUUCGGGGAUUUGACGAGCGUGGAGUAUCCGUUCGCGUUCAUGCUGGCGUGUGCGGGGUAUUUAAUGACGAUGUUCUCGGAUGGUUUGAUUUUCUAUGUGUAUGGAAAGGGGGCCAGUGGUGGUGAGGGAGAUGUCGAGCUUCAAGCAAACAUGCAAGGAAAAAGCAGUAGCAAUGGCGGAAAUUCAGUGUCUCUGGGUCAGGUUCAGAAUCGCACGGAGGUCCCCUUCGCAAAUGCCCCUCUGAAAACUGCCACGUCACUUGGGGACAGCAUAUUACUCAUCUUUGCUUUGUGUUUCCACUCUGUAUUCGAGGGCAUUGCGGUUGGAGUUGCAGAGACCAAAGCCGACGCUUGGAGAGCUCUAUGGACCAUCUGUCUCCACAAGAUAUUUGCAGCCAUUGCAAUGGGAAUAGCUCUCCUCCGUAUGAUUCCAGACAGACCCCUCCUCUCCUGUGUAGCCUAUGCCUUCGCAUUUGCCAUUUCUAGUCCAGUUGGUGUGGCCAUCGGUAUUGUCAUAGAUGCGACUACCCAGGGCGCUGUGGCUGACUGGAUAUUCGCCAUAUCAAUGGGGCUAGCAUGUGGGAUCUUCGUCUAUGUCUCAAUAAACCAUCUACUGUCUAAGGGAUACACUAGUCAGAACACAGUUCCGUUUGACACCCCCAACUACAAAUUCUUAGCAGUGUUGUUGGGCGUCGGGGUAAUCGCGGUUGUGAUGAUCUGGGACACAUGAGCUCAUCCUGAAGUGGGCUCCUUUAAUCAUAGAAGCUGCAGGGAGGAUAGCCAAGAGAAUAGAGAAAGGAGCUUAGAAAUGUUACUUCUUGAUCCCACCUCGUUAAUGACGAUUAAGCAAACCCACUUUUUUUAUUCUCAAUGGAUCUCUAGACACAUAUAGCUAGUUCAGAUCAUACAUCUUCUGUAGAAGGAAAAUGCAGUCCUAUGAAACUUACGCUACCAGCAAAACAUAUCAAUCGAUUGCAAUUAAAUCAAUUAAUACUAGUUCUGAUUAUUCUUGGA